AUGCGUCCUCAUCCUCAGCGAUCUUCAGGGGUGCCCUCUCCUUGUUGGCAGCCUCGUUGGCCCCCUGGGCUUCUGAUUCGCCCACCUGUGCGUGAUUUUCUCGAUCCUCCCGUCCUUGUCCGCCUCCAUGUCGUCUAUCCCCUUCCCCAUUCGUGGGGAUCCCCUCCUCUCCCUCGACAGAGACGUCAUCCGCUCUUUCCUGAAGCACUCUCUGCCGGCUUGUUCCUGCCCGCCUUCUCUGAUCCGCGGCGCUUGCCGCCAACACCGCUUCCUCCUCGUGAGCCUCGUCAUCUGUCUGCUCUACCGCAUGUCGCUCCACCUCCCCCUCCUCCUGAUCCUCUUGGCGCUGCUGUGAUGACGGGAAAACGUCCGCGGCGGGAUCACGCGGCAGGGUACUCUGGUGUUCCCAACCCGCCAGAGGCCCGGGACGAGCUGGCGCCAGUCCUACUCCGAGCCGCCACUGCCCUGGUCGCGCGCGAGGGGGCCGGGGCCCCCUCUCAUCCACGUGAGCCGGUGUAUCGCUCGCCCUGCCGGCGUACCCACCCUCAUCUGCGGGCCCGUGGUGGUUCCUUUCGUUGUCGCCGACCGCCUCGGCCACCGCCUGCCCUGCAGCAACAGAUUAUCAGUCCGAAUCUCCAAGCGCCCUCUCCGCUGGUGCCGCAGCUGCCUCCUCCUCUGCCUCCUCCACCGUCGUCUCAGCAGUCAUCCCUGCAACAGUCGUCCGGUCUGGCUGCCUCGUCCCCUUUGGUGGCCUCUCCUGCGUUGACGUCGGCGCCCCUAACAGCAGCGAGCUCUCUCCCGCCUCCCCUUCCGGUGCCUCCGCAGCUGGUGUCGCCCGCUGGUGCACAUCUCGUGCCCCCCCUUCCUGCUCAGACGCUUGUCGCUGCCGAUCCUCUGUCUGAGCCUCCUCAGCGGCAGCAUCCCCUCGUUUCUCUUGACCCAGCACCCGUCGCUCGUUUCCCUCCACCUCGGCUUCGUGCACAGUCUCCCCCGCUUCCGCCCGACGCACCUGAUCCUGAGGACGAUGAGAAGUGGUGGAACGGCGAGCUGUGA